AUGAAAGCAAUAAUUAAGUUUCUAUGCGUCUUAUGUUUGAUUGUAUGUGCAUGGGCUGCACCAGCUUUCAAUAAACCGAACGCCUUAACUUUGGAUCAUGGUGUUAUAGCAAUCAAUAUAUGUCCAAUACCAAUGUGCAUGCAAAUACAAAUGCCAUGUGAUAACAUCCAAACAGGUUAUAUGACUGUGAAUGGUAAAAAAUGUCCAAUGUGUCAAUAUUGUGCUACACCCACAGUUGGACAAUCAUAA